ACUCAUGCUCCCUCCUGCUGCCCUGUGAAGAGGUGCGUUCCACUGUGACUGUAUAAGUUUUCUGAGGCCUCCGCAGCCAGCCAUGUGGAACUGUCCGACCACCCGCCGGGAGUUUGCCAGGAAGAGGGGCAAUUCUGAAUGGGAGUCGCCAACGCCCCACUGAGUGCCGCCUGUCUUGGAACCGCUCGCCCAGACCCUGUAGGCUCCAGACAGCCAGCUCCGGGACCUCGCGCACAGACGCUGCGGCGAAGGAGGGGACCCGGGUACCGCCAGAGCCCCGCAGCGCCAGCAGCGGCGCAGACUCCCCUGUCGUUGCCUCUCCCAGCCGGGCGGCCUGGGCCGUCAAUCAAGCUGGCCCUGCCCCGCCCCCGGGCUACAGGGCGCGGCCAAUCAGAGCCAAGCUCCGCAGCGAUGAGCUCAGCCGGCUCGUUUCCCAUUGGACGGCUAUAUUAAGAAAGUGGCCGGACUCUUUAAAUAGCGGGCGCUAGGGCCGCAGCCCUCGUCUGCCACCGCAGUCUGGCUGGAGUUAUUCUCUUAUAUGUUCGGUGAGGCCCGGAGAGACCCAGGAGGGAGCUAGACCGAGUCCACCGCCCGAGUUCGCCGCCUGAGCCCGCGUUACGCACAAAGCCGCAGAUCCCCGGCCUGGGGUGAGCAGAGCGACCACCGCCCGGGAGCAGCGCGGCGAGAGGCACGGUGCGCCCUAUGCCCCCGCGCCCCUACCGCCCCCGCCGCGGCAGCCGAAGCGCAGCGAGAGAACUCGCCACCGCGGGGCCUGGGUGCAGCUAGCGACCCUCUCACCCCCUGCGCUCAGCCCGAGGUGAGCAGUGAGCGACGAGCGGGAGGGCAGCGAGGCGUUCGCGGGCCCCCUCUUGCUGCCCGGGCCCGGCCCGCUCAUGGCGGCCAUCCGCAAGAAGCUGGUGGUGGUGGGCGAUGGCGCGUGUGGCAAGACGUGCCUGCUGAUCGUGUUCAGUAAGGACGAGUUCCCCGAGGUGUACGUGCCCACCGUCUUCGAGAACUAUGUGGCCGACAUCGAGGUGGACGGCAAGCAGGUGGAGCUGGCGCUGUGGGACACGGCGGGCCAGGAGGACUACGACCGCCUGCGGCCGCUCUCCUACCCGGACACCGACGUCAUCCUCAUGUGCUUCUCGGUGGACAGCCCGGACUCGCUGGAGAACAUCCCCGAGAAGUGGGUCCCCGAGGUGAAGCACUUCUGCCCCAACGUGCCCAUCAUCCUGGUGGCCAACAAAAAAGACCUGCGCAGCGACGAGCAUGUCCGCACAGAGCUGGCCCGCAUGAAGCAGGAACCCGUGCGCACGGAUGACGGCCGCGCCAUGGCCGUGCGCAUCCAAGCCUACGACUACCUCGAGUGCUCGGCCAAGACCAAGGAAGGCGUGCGCGAGGUCUUCGAGACGGCCACGCGCGCCGCGUUGCAGAAGCGCUACGGCUCCCAGAAUGGCUGCAUCAACUGCUGCAAGGUGCUAUGAGGGCCGCGCCCGUCGCGCCUGCCCCUGCCGGCGCGGCUCCCCCUCCUGGACCUGUCCCCCACGAGCCCGGAGAAGGGGAGACCCGUGUGCCAUAAGGAUCUCACCGGACUGCCAGGCAUCUGUCUGCUGACGCCUCUGGCUCGCGCCAGGACUUGGCGUGGGCACCGGGCUCCCCCUUCCCAGUGUCUGUGUGCGUCCAGCUGUGUUGCACAGGCCUGGGCUCCCCACUGAGUGCCAAGGGUCCCCAGAGCAUGCUUUUCUGAAGAGCCAGGCUUCAGCGUGUGUGGCUGGCUGUUCGACUCUCUUCGCCCCAUUUUCACCCCACCCCCGCCUCUGAUCCCCGGGGGCGAGAUUGGCGCGGGAGUGCGGCCGCGCCCCAUCAGAUGUUCGCCCUUCACCAGCGGGAGCCUGAUAUCCCUUGUCUGUAACAUAGACCCCGGGUACUGCGGGAGGGGAGGGCUAGGGAGGAUGGGGGGAUGUUAUAUAAAUAUAUAUAUAAUUUUAUUUUCGGAGCUAAGAUGGUUAUUUAAUGGUGGUGAUGGGUGAGCGCUCUGGCCCAGGCUGGGCUAGACUCCCGUCCAAGCAUGAACAGGACUUGGCCAUCUUUCCGACCCCUGGGGAAGACAUUUGCAACUGACUUGGGGAGGACACAGCUUCCAGCACAGCCUCUCCUGCGGUCCAGCGCCCUGCGAACCCUUCACCAGUCACCGAAGGGAGGAGGGAGGGUGCGCUGUGGGGUUGUUUUUGCCAUAAGCGAACUUCGUGCCUGUCCUACAAGUGAAAAUUGUUCAGUCCAAGAAACUGAUGUUAUUUGAUUUAUUUAAAGGCUAAAAUUUGUUUUUUUUGCACAAUUGUUUCAUUGUUUGACACGUAAUGCACUCGUCAUUUGCAUACGACAGUAGCAUUCUGACCACACUUGUACGCUGUAACCUCAUCUACUUCUGAUGUUUUUAAAAAAUGACUUUUAACAAGGAGAGGGAAAAGAAACCCACUAAAUUUUGCUUUGUUUUCUUGAAGAAAGUGGCAACACUGUUUUGUGAUUUUAUUUGUGCAGGUCAUGCACACAGUUUUGAUAAAGGGCGGUAACAAAUAUUGGGGCCUAUUUUUUUUUUUCACAAGGCAUUCUCUAAAGCUAUGUGAAAUUUUCUCUGCACCUCGGUACAGAGAAUACACCUGCCCCUGUAUAUCCUUUCUUCCCCUCCCCUCCCUCCUAGUGGUACUUCUACUAAAUUGUUGUCUUGUUUUUUAUUUUUUAAAUAAACUGACAAAUGACAAAAUGGUGAGCUGAUGUUUACAUAAAAGUUCUAUAAGCUGUGUAUACAGUUUUUUAUGUAAAAUAUUAAAAGACUAUGAUGAUGACAUUUAUAAAA